UUCACAUCGUAAAAAAGAAAGAAAAGUGAAAAUUUAAUCUCCGUAGUGCCGAGAGUUUAUUACUAAAAAACAUAAAAAAACAAUCAAAUUGUUGUAUUUGUUUUUUUUUUAAUCGAAUCCAAAUUAGUUAUUCCAAACAAAUUCAAUAAAUUGUUCUUAAAAGAUGUUCAAUGAUGUUUGAUAAAUGUGCUUGCAAACUAAUUUAGCUGAAUCAUCAUCUCAACAAAGGGACAGGUUCAUUAUAAAAAAAAAGAAAAUCGUUUAAUCGACAAUUAAAAAAAAAAUAGAAAAUACGAGAGACACAUGCUAAAUGAAUCACUAGGUCAAGUCAUUGUAACUAAAACAAUAACCACUUGCAUCCCCCGACCCGAAUCCAAUUCCGAACCACCACCACAAAAGAUAAUCAAACUGAAUCAAGAAGAACAUGGCUUGGUUGAGCUUAGGAGCAAUCGCUACUGGCUAUGUUUUUCAAAGGCUUCUCGGUGGUGAUAGUCCACCGAAUAAGGUGAUAGAAAUUAAGGGAGACUCUUUGGGGACACUACAAGUAAUCCAUCGAGAUGAAUCAAUGGUAUUAUUUGCACCGCCUUUACAACAACCAGAUAAGAAGGCAAUUUGGGAAAUUGUCCUUCAGCGACCAUGUACUGAUCCAAAUACAACAUCUUUUAGUUUAUAUCGAGCAACUAGCCAAGAUGAGGCAGAGGAUAAAUUUAAUGCUUUUUUACAUAGAUUGCCGAUAUAUGUUAGCAUAGUUAAAGAGCAAUAUAAUGUAAAUGGACUUCAAAAAAUAUGUGAUGUUCUAAUAGAAAAUCCAUCAUGGUCUAUUACACAUUUGGUAGCUUAUUUCAAUUACCCGGAAUAUAUUGGAAAUCCAAAAGUUUUGGAAUUUAUUGAUUAUGCUGAUCAUGUAACAAAUAUGUCGCCGCUUCAGUUAGCUAUAAAAAUGAACAAUAUAGAAAUGGUUAAAGCACUCCUUCCAUUGGCAAACAUCGAACACUUGGACAAUAAUAGUAAUUCAGUAUUUCAUUAUGCAGCUAAUACGACCAAAGAAAUCAUAACCAUGUUAAGCGAAAAAGGUACCACUCACUUGAAUCAUUGUAAUGUCGAUGGUUAUACGCCUCUCCACCUUGCGUGCCUCUACGAUAAACCCGACUGUGUUAAAGCUCUACUCCUAUCCGAAGCCGAUGUUAAUUUACCAGCUAAAAAUAUUAGCAAAGUCUAUAAGACCACAACACCAAGUUCCGUUGCUGGUUUUGUCAAAACAAAUGCCAAUAAAUUAUAUACCCAAGAUAUGAAAUACGGUGGAACACCAUUGCAUUGGUGUUCAUCGAGAGAAACACUUCAGGCAUUAAUCAAUACUGGAUGUGAUGUUAAUGCAACUAAUUUUGAUGGAAAAACUGCACUUCAUGUUAUGGUGGAACGAAAUCGCUUCGAAUGUGUUGUUACUCUACUUGCUUAUGAUGCUGAAAUUGAUGUUGUAGACAAAGAUGGUAAUACGGCAUUGCAUAUUGCAAUUGAGAAAAAGCUUGUACCAAUAGUGCAAUGUUUAGUCGUUUUCGGAAGUGACUUCGACUUGAAGAACAAAGAGGGGACCACACCACGUCACAUGGUUGGCAAAGAGGCUAAUGGCAGUAAAGACGAUGAAAUUCUUUAUAUUUUGCAUUCUGUUGGAGCAAAGAGAUGCCCCGAAUCGAACAAAAGUUGCCAAACUGGUUGCAGCGCUAAAGGCACCUACAAUGGUAUUCCUCCAGAGGCUCCAGAAUCUGUUGAACCACGUGAGCAUAUUGAAAAUAUGCUUGCAUCUACCAGUCGACAAGCUAUAGAGCUCUUUGGCAAUGGAAGUACUAGUGGCGGAUUUUAUGGAAAACCUGUGGAUCCCCCAGUUAUAGUUGACACUGAAAAAGAAAAGAAAGGCCAAAGUGUCAUGGAUACUCUAUUGGGAGUAUUUAGUCUUAAAGUUAAAGCUGAGUCUCCACCAACAUCCAAAAAAGACUCACCCACAGGUAGUUUUGAAGAAGCUAGUGAUGCUGCUAUGGCCUCGGCAACUUCAUCACCAACAUCUCCAACAUCUGCUGGUGGUACAUCAUACAAAGGUGAAAAACCUUACGGCCGUGGACGACUCUUGUCACUCGAUGGUGGAGGUAUUCGUGGAUUGGUUUUGGUUCAAAUGCUUUUGGAAAUUGAAAAACUUGCCCAAACUCCAAUUAUUCAUAUGUUUGAUUGGAUUGCUGGCACUAGCACCGGAGGCAUAUUGGCUCUUGGUUUGGGAUGUGGCAAGACAAUGCGACAGUGCAUGGGACUUUAUGUGCGUAUGAAAGAACAAUGUUUUGUUGGUUCACGUCCAUAUCCAAGUGAGUUAUUCGAAGCAAUUCUAAAGGAGAACCUCGGUGAAUACACCCUUAUGACUGAUAUAAAACAUCCAAAGAUUAUGGUCACUGGGGUAAUGGCCGAUCGGAAGCCUGUGGAUCUUCAUCUUUUUAGAAAUUAUACUAGUGCAAGUGAUAUACUGGGAAUUGUUACAUCUAUAAGUAAUCGUCGCGUCCCUCCACCACAACCCGAGGCUCAAUUAGUUUGGCGUGCUGCACGAGCGACUGGUGCAGCUCCAUCUUAUUUUAGAGCUUUUGGUCGAUUCUUGGAUGGAGGUUUGAUUGCCAACAAUCCCACACUUGAUGCUAUGACAGAAAUUCAUGAAUACAAUAUGGCACUUAAAAGCGUAGACAGAGCAAAUGAAGCUGUUCCUGUCUCCGUUGUGGUUUCAUUAGGCACUGGACUUAUACCUGUCACUGAAUUAAAGGACAUUGAUGUAUUUCGACCCGAAAGUAUCUGGGAUACCGCCAAACUUGCCUAUGGCAUUUCAACUAUUGGAAACUUGCUAGUUGACCAAGCAACCGCUUCUGAUGGUCGUGUAGUUGAUAGAGCUCGUGCUUGGUGUAGUACUGUUGGAAUUCCAUAUUAUAGGUUCAAUCCACAAUUACCCGAGGAUAUUAACAUGGAUGAGAAGAGUGACCAAAAGUUAAUUAAUAUGCUUUGGCAGGCUAAAGCUUAUUGUCAUCAAAAUCGUAACAAGCUAAUUGAAAUGAUAAAUUUAGUAAAAUAGCACAUUGGAAAGUUUUAGAUCGUCUGUUUUUUUUAAUAACAAUUUAUAUGUCAAAACAUCAGCACUGAUUUUUAUCAGAUUAAAGGAUUCUCUAAGGGCGCACUUUCUACUACGAUCUAAAACUAACUUCCUUUUAUUUUUAA